AUGUAUGACUGGCAGAAAACAGACCGCCGUCAUAUAGCCCCAGUCGACCUGGAGGUUUUAGAGCAUGAACACACUGGGCAGAUGAGGAGUUGUGAUAUUGAGACCCCAGGGGCAGCGACCGGCUGUAAGGUGAGUCAGAGAUGCACUCAAAGGACUAAGAUGCAGCAUCUGGCACAUCCAUCCCCAUUUCCCACUGGAAGCCAAUUUCUUCAGCAGAAAAUUGAGAAGGCUUCAUAUGAUUUGCACAAGCGGAAGGUAAAGUCUGCUGAAUCAACCAUUAACACAUCUCCACCAAAGACUUAUGGUCACCUGGAUCUGAAGCUGAAGAAACAAAAGCUUGAAGAGAAAAGGAUACUGAGGAUUCAGCAGGAAAACAACAUGCUCAUGGAAAGAAUAUCACACAUCAUGAGGACGACUGGAGGAGUCGACAACAGAAAUGACUACGACAAGAAAAGCCUUGGCAAAGAGAAGCGACAGCUGGAGUCGCUCCGUAUCACCGAGGAGAAUCAAAUGAUCCUGCACCGCCUGAGCCAGUGCAGGCCUCACUAUAAUGUCAGGAGCUGGCAUGAUGACUGGCUCAAAACCCUCAAGUUGAUGGACAGCAUCGCACAUUACCCAAGAGGAAGAGCAAAACUGCAAAAGGGGCAAGACAAACCCGACAAGGGGAGCAGUGGCUGGGAUAAAGGACAAAUAAUAAGCACAGGUGCAACCACACACAGCCCUGCAAGCAACAACACAAAGGCCAAAACAACAUCGGGGGGAAGUGAAAUGAAAACAGGAACCAGCGAGACACAAGAUACAGGAACAGAGAAUCAGCAGGACACAAAUACACACCCUGACCCUGAAAGUCCCAGAUCUUCUCAGGCAGUUUGA